AUGCAUUCCUCGAUAGCCUCGCUAUGGAAAGCGCCAGAUAUCAAUCCGGUUAACCACAAAGCGAAAUCCAUACCCGCUUUGAAUCCUCUCAACAUCUAUGGGCGGGUCUUCCUGCUCUCAUGGUGGGGCUUCUUCAUAGGCUUCUGGAGUUGGUAUGCUUUUCCGCCUUUGAUGACGGAAACCAUCAAAAAGGACCUGAAGCUCUCCCAAAAAGACAUCGCGAAUUCCAACGUCAUCUCUUUGGCCGCGACAAUGCUCGUCCGCCUUGCUGCUGGUCCAUUGUGUGAUAGAUAUGGGGCAAAAUGGACAUUUGCUGGCAUUUUACUUGUCGGCGCAAUUCCUACCGCCCUUGCAGGCACGGUCUCAACGCCUCAAGGCCUCAUCACAGUUAGGUUCUUCGUUGGCAUUCUUGGUGGCAGCUUUAUUCCGUGCCAAGUAUGGACGACAGGCUUCUUCGACAAGAACGUCGUCGGCACUGCGAAUUCUUUAGCAGCUGGAUUCGGAAACGCAGGAGGUGGAGUGACCUACUUCGUCAUGCCCGCCAUUUUUAAUUCUCUCGUCCAACACCAGCACCUAACAGACCAUGUCGCCUGGCGUGUCGCAUUCGUGGUUCCAUUCAUUCUCAUCACGUUUACCGCAUUAGCCAUGAUCCUGACAUGUCCCGACACCCCCACAGGCGCAUGGUCAGCUCGAACUCAAGAGGUACGGCGCCAUCUUGACAUGCGUGAUACCUUCUUCAGUGGCGUUGGCAGAGACCGCAAAGGUAUUCCGCCAAGCAUGGAUUCUCAUGCCUCGCCAGGCCUGUCGAACGACACCAUCAAACUCAACUCCGCCCGCGGCCAAGGCCACUUCUCGGAAACGCAGGCGCAGGAAGACGACCUUCUCGCCGCAGCAAGCUGGGAAUUGGUUGAAAAGCCCACGGUCCAGGGGUCAACGAAGGCGAUUUUGUCGCUUCCAACCUUGGCUCUUUCGGUAGCCUACUUCUGUUCUUUCGGAACUGAGCUUUGCGUCAACACCAUCCUUGGUGCUUACUAUGCCCAGAACUUCCCCAAACUUGGCCAGACUGGCUCUGGAGACUGGGCUGCUAUGUUCGGGCUCUUGAACUUCGUCUUCCGGCCCGCGGGCGGUAUUAUCAGCGAUACCAUUUACCGCUACACCCGCUCACUAUGGGGAAAGAAAAUCCUUAUCCACAGCCUUGGGGUUAUGACAGGAGUAUUUUUGCUCAUUAUUGGCUUCUUGAACCCUCAUUCGAAAGCCACGUUCGUCGGACUCAUCACUGGAUUGGCUUUUUUCGAGGAAGCUGGUAAUGGAGGAUGUUUUUCUCUGGUCCCGCAUGUACAUCCUACGUCGAACGGUCUCGUCACCGGUGUGACUGGUGCAGCCGGUGAUCUUGGCGGCAUUGUGUUCUUGCUGAUAUAUCGCUACAGCGAUACAAAUUAUGGAAGGGUGUUCUGGAUAGUAGGUAUCAUCACCAUUGCUGGGAAUCUGCUCGUGUCAUGGAUAAGACCAAUACCGAAGGGCCAGCUUGGUGGUCGAUGA